CAUCUAUAUAAAGGGAGUAACAACCAUCAGAGAUCAUCAUUCGUCGUGAACUGUUCGAGAACCGCAGAUCAAAACACCAAACAACAAUCGCCAUGAAAUUCCUGAUUGUCUUCGUCGCCCUCUUCGCCGUGGCACUGGCUGCUUCUCAAGGUCCUGAGGCCGUAAUCCUGCGGUCCGAAUCUGAUGUUGGACCCGAGAGCUUCAACUAUGCCUGGGAGACUUCCGAUGGACAGUCAGCCAAUGCCGAGGGUCAUCUGAAUAACAUUGGAACUGAAAACGAGGCUAUCGCCGUCCGUGGAUCCUACAGCUUCGUUGCUGAUGAUGGCCAGACCUACACCGUCACCUACAUCGCCGAUGAGAACGGAUUCCAGCCCCAGGGCGCUCAUCUGCCCGUUGCCCCCCAGGCCUAAGUGAGAUUGCUUAAGCAGUUUUAGAGCCAUACAAUCCUUCCCUACUCUUUGUUAAUAGCCCCAAACUUUACCAAACCAAUCCCAACCCUGUUUUCAAGGGAUGGGAACUAAGUCAACCAAUUCCACUUGUUAAAUAAAAAAGAAAAAUAAUUACCUGAA